AUGUCUGUUACCCCCGAAGUAUUGUGGGCUCAAAGAUCGAGUACCGAAGAAGCCUCUAAGAAUGUCAUUUUCUUAAGCGUUGACGUGUGGGAUUCUACCAAUGUCAAGGUCGACUUAACUGCAACUAAUUUGACCUUUGAUGCGGAUACUACUGAUUCAUCUACUCACUAUCAUUUGAGUAUUGAUUUCUUCGGUGAAAUUGUUCCAGAAGAAAGUAAGAGAAGUGACAGUGGUAAGAAGAUUAGCUUCAUCUUACAAAAGAAAGAAUUGAAGGAAGAGUAUUGGCCACGUUUGACUAAGGAAAAGUUGAAGUAUCACUUUAUUAAAACUGAUUUCGACAAGUGGGUCGACGAAGAUGAACAACAGGAACACGAAGAAGCGGACAACCAAAUGAUGAAUGAUGGCGACUUCUCCCAAUUUGCUGGUGGCCCAGGUGGACCCGGUGGUCCUGGUGGCCCUGGAGGGAUGGACUUCUCCCAAUUGUUAGGUGGCGCUGGCGGUGCUGGUGGCCCAGGUGGAAUGGAUUUCUCCCAAUUGUUAGGUGGCGCUGGUGGUGCCGGUGGUCCCGGUGGAAACUUUGACAUCAAUGCUUUGGCAAGUCAAUUGGGUCAAGCCGGUGCCAACUUAGAUGGUAUCAAUGACAAUGAAGGUGAUGAAGGUGAUGAUGAUGAAGUUGAAGAAGAAAUCAGCACCAAAGAUUCUUAG